GCUUCCCUUAGGCUGCCCCUCUCUCGCGCACAUUCUCCUGGACGCUGCACAUUUAGAGUCCUCCAGUUGCCCCACGGCCUUUGCUCAAGCCCUUUCCCUUCUUAAACAAAAAUCGCCACCUCUGCCCCGACCCUAGCCUGGGUCAGUCUCCCUCCUCUCCUCCCACGUGGUUUCUUUAUUCCUAUGUGUUCUUCUCCCGGGUGGGCUGGUACGCCAGAUGCGGGGACUGAACCAGAAUCAAGAUGUCCUCUGCUUCAGGACCUCCCUCCCACCACGAAAAGGCUGCAGAUGCUGCCCGCUAACCCGACCUACUGUCUGCAGCCGGCAGCCCGCUCAUUUAUCCUGGCCGAGCUCUUGGGCCCCGCCUCUCCAGGAGCCCCGCCCCAUCGGGGCUCCACCCUUCCCCAGGUACCGCCCCUUCCCGUCCCGUGGAAUUUGGCUCUGGAGGAGGUGGGUCAAGGACUCCAUGCUCCGCCCCCUGCCCCGCCCUUACCCCGCCCCAUGCAUUGGCACCCGGAGGGGCUCAGCUGACGCCGCACUUCACGUGACGCCGGUGCCGGGCGAACAUGGCGGCGGCCACCGGACCCUCGUUUUGGCUGGGGAAUGAAACCCUGAAAGUGCCGCUGGCGCUCUUUGCCUUGAACCGGCAGCGCCUGUGUGAGCGGCUGCGGAAGAACCCUGCUGUGCAGGCCGGCUCCAUCGUGGUCCUGCAGGGCGGGGAGGAGACUCAGCGCUACUGCACCGACACCGGGGUCCUCUUCCGCCAGGAGUCCUUCUUUCACUGGGCGUUCGGUGUCACUGAGCCAGGCUGCUAUGGUGUCAUCGAUGUUGACACUGGGAAGUCGACCCUGUUUGUGCCCAGGCUUCCUGCCAGCCAUGCCACCUGGAUGGGAAAGAUCCAUUCCAAGGAGCACUUCAAGGAGAAGUAUGCCGUGGACGACGUCCAGUACGUAGAUGAGAUUGCCAGUGUCCUGACGUCACAGAAGCCCUCUGUCCUCCUCACUUUGCGUGGCGUCAACACGGACAGCGGCAGCGUCUGCAGGGAGGCCUCCUUUGACGGCAUCAGCAAGUUCGAAGUCAACAAUACCAUUCUUCACCCAGAGAUCGUUGAGUGCCGAGUGUUUAAGACGGAUAUGGAGCUGGAGGUUCUGCGCUACACCAAUAAAAUCUCCAGCGAGGCCCACCGUGAGGUAAUGAAGGCUGUAAAAGUGGGAAUGAAAGAAUAUGAGUUGGAAAGCCUCUUCGAGCACUACUGCUACUCCCGGGGUGGCAUGCGCCACAGCUCCUACACCUGCAUCUGCGGCAGUGGUGAGAACUCAGCCGUGCUACACUACGGACACGCCGGAGCUCCCAACGACCGAACGAUCCAGAAUGGGGACAUGUGCCUGUUCGACAUGGGCGGUGAGUAUUACUGCUUCGCUUCCGACAUCACCUGCUCCUUUCCCGCCAACGGCAAGUUCACUGCAGACCAGAAGGCCAUCUAUGAGGCAGUGCUGCGGAGCUCCCGUGCCGUCAUGGGUGCCAUGAAGCCAGGUGUCUGGUGGCCUGACAUGCACCGCCUGGCUGACCGCAUCCACCUGGAGGAGCUGGCCCACAUGGACAUCCUGAGCGGCAGCGUGGACGCCAUGGUCCAGGCUCACCUGGGGGCCGUGUUUAUGCCUCACGGGCUUGGCCACUUCCUGGGCAUUGACGUGCACGACGUGGGAGGCUACCCAGAGGGCGUGGAGCGCAUAGACGAGCCCGGCCUGCGGAGCCUGCGCACUGCACGGCACCUGCAGCCAGGCAUGGUGCUCACCGUGGAGCCGGGCAUCUACUUCAUCGACCAUCUCCUGGAUGAGGCCCUGGCGGACCCGGCCCGCGCCUCCUUCUUUAACCGCGAGGUCCUGCAGCGCUUUCGCGGUUUUGGCGGGGUCCGCAUCGAGGAGGACGUCGUGGUGACUGACAGUGGCAUGGAGCUGCUGACCUGCGUGCCCCGCACUGUGGAAGAGAUUGAAGCAUGCAUGGCAGGCUGUGACAAGGCCUUUACCCCCUUCUCUGGCCCCAAGUAGAGCCAGCCAGAAAUCCCAGCGCACCUGGGGGCCUGGCCUUGCAACCUCUUUUCGUGAUUGGCAGCCUGCUGGUCAGCACUCCAGUAGCGAGAGACGGCACCCAGAAUCAGAUCCCAGCUUCGGCAUUUGAUCAGACCAAACAGCACUGUUUCCUGGGGAGGAAACACUUUUUUAAUUACCCUUUUGCAGGCUCCCACCUUUAAUCUGUUUUAUACCUUGCUUAUUAAAUGAGCAACUUAAAAUGAUUGAAAAUAAUGCUGUUCUUUAGUAGCAACUAAAAUGUGUCUUGCUGUCAUUUCUAUUCCUUUUCCCAGGAAAGAAGCAUUUCUGAUGAUACUUUCUGUCAAAAAUCAAUAUGCAGAAUGGCAUUUGCAAUAAAAGGUUUCCUAAAAUG